AUGAAUUAACCAGGAUAAGGAAUUAUUAUGAGAGAAUAGGCCAAAAAGAUGAAUAAUAGCCUGUAUAGAGAUCUAUUGGAUUAUUCAGAUCAAGAAUUAAUUAAAACACCAUAAAGUUCUUUUAUGUUAUUAGCAAAAAGUUUAAAAAAUGUUUAAUUUUUGUAGGCUAAGCUUUAAAUGAAGAAAAGAAAUUUCAAGAGGCAAUUGAGUUAUGCUAAAAUGUCCUGAGAGAAGAACCCUAACAUCUUCACGCUUUGUAUAGAAAAAGUAAUUGUUUAUAUAGAAAAAGAGGCUAUUCUUUAUAUGAUUUGGCUCAAUACUCAUAAGCAAUUUCAUGUGUGGAUGUAGCUCUAAAAUAUAAUCCAUAGUACAGUAUUGGUUAUGCUUCAAUAGGUAUUUAUUUAGGUAUUAUUUUAGGAGUUGCCUUAUAUAAUCUUAAGAAAUAUGAUGAUGCAAUUAUUUGCUAUGAUAAAGCAAUCUAAAUAGAUCCGAAUUAUGCAGAGGCCUAUAAAUAUAAAGGUUUGUAAUACCUUAAUUGUAUUAGGUGAUUUAUUAAAACAUAUAAAGAAAUACUCUUCAGCUAUGGAGAAUUAUCAGCAGGCUAUCAAAUAUUGCAAAUCAGAUGAAAAUGAAUUUAAGCGUUUAAUUAUGGAAUUAAAGAAUACAAAAUGA